AUGGGGGAACAGCGGCAGCCCCCGCAGCUGGUGGAGCCCCCCAGCACUCCCGUGUGUGACCCCGGGAAGCUGCGGCUGGUCUCCGUGCUGGAGCCAGGAACAGCGGUGAAGACGGAGCCAGGACUGGCCCCCAGGACCCCCGCUGCCACCCCUGGCCCUGCCAGCCGCCCGCCCUGGGCCGUGGACCCCUCAUUUGCUGAGCGCUACGCCCCGGACAAGACGAGCACGGUGGUGAGCAAGCACAGCCAGCCAGCCACGCCGACCCCCAUGCAGAACCGCAGCUCCAUUGUGCAGGCGGCCCAGCACGACCCUCCGGGCCCCGUCUUGGCUGACGUGGCUGUGUCCUGCUGCAGGGGACGCUACCUGGUGGCACUGGGGCAUUAUUACCACCCCGAGGAGUUCACCUGCUGCCAGUGCAGGAAGGUGCUGGAUGAGGGUGGCUUCUUCGAGGAGAAAGGCUCCAUCUUCUGCCCCAAGUGCUACGACACGCGCUAUGCGCCCAGCUGUGCCAAAUGCAAGAAGAAGAUCACUGGGGAGGUCAUGCACGCCCUGAAGAUGACCUGGCACGUGCAGUGCUUCACCUGUGCAGCCUGCAAAACUCCCAUCCGCAACCGUGCCUUCUACAUGGAGGAGGGACAGCCCUACUGCGAGAGAGACUACGAGAAGAUGUUUGGCACCAAGUGCCGCGGCUGCGACUUCAAGAUUGAUGCUGGGGACCGGUUCCUGGAGGCGCUGGGGUUCAGCUGGCACGACACUUGCUUCGUCUGUGCGAUCUGCCAGACCAACCUGGAAGGGAAGACGUUCUACUCCAAGAAGGACAAGCCGCUCUGCAAGAGCCACGCUUUCUCCCACGUGUGAGGGAUGGGAGUUCAGCUGUGCCCACGUGUGCCCCUGGCCCUGCAUGCUCCUCUCCCCCCUCCCUUGCUGCCCCCAGGGAGCCAGCCUGGGCCCUCACACCUUCCCCUUGCUCCUGCAUCUGUCUUGACAGCUCCU